UGCAGCGACAUUAUCACCGUCCGCGCGGCCAGGAACUCGCCAACUUGCCGAGCACCUUUGCUGCCGCUUUCACUCCUUAAACUCUCGGCCAACACGUUUCCUUCCCUUUCCCACGAUGCCCGAGGGAACCUUACCCCGGCGGCCGACCGGGAGCAACGCCCCCUGGAGGACAAACGCAGUCCCCAUCGACGACGGCCUCGACGGAGCGGACCAGGGCGUCCCGCCGCCCGCCUACGGCGAGCACCAUGACCAGGUCCAGAUCUCCCAGGCCGGCUUCGCUGCUGAUGCCGCCGUGACAGAUAACGGCCGUGUGAACAUCCACAUCAACGAAAAGAACCGCCGGCUGCACGAGCUGCUCGCCCCCAGCUUCAAGAGGCAGCGCCGUGCCGAAGCCCAGCAGCUCCCCUCGGGGCCCCUGCCUCCGCCCUACAUCCCGCCGAGCCUGGGCGGCCAGCCCGGCCAGACACCGCCGCCCCGCUUGAACGUGGUGAUCCAGAUCGUCGGAUCGAGAGGCGACGUUCAGCCGUUCGUGGCGCUCGGCCAGGUGCUGCGCGACACGUACGGCCACCGGGUGCGCCUGGCGACGCAUGCGAAUUUCCGCUCCUUCGUCGAGGAGAACGGGCUCGAGUUCUUCAACAUCGGCGGCGAUCCGGCCAAGUUGAUGGCCUUCAUGGUCAAGAACCCGGGCCUGAUGCCCGGCCUGGAUAGCCUCAAGAGCGGCGACAUCAAGCAGCGCCGCCAGGAGAUCAACCAGAUCCUCAUGGGCUGCUGGCGGUCGUGCAUCGAGGCCGGCGACGGGAUGGGCAUCGCCCCGCCGCAGCACCGCCGAGACGAGCCGCUCGACGAGCGCUUCGUGCUGCCCGGAGAUCCGAAGAACCGCCCCUUCGUGGCUGACGCCAUCAUUGCGAACCCCCCAAGCUUUGCGCACAUUCAUGUUGCCGAGAAGCUGGGCAUCCCCCUGCACAUAAUGUUCACGAUGCCCUGGACGCCAACCAGAGCCUUUCCUCACCCGCUGGCGGAUAUCGUCGCGACGAACACGGACGCCGCCAUCACGAACUACGUCUCCUACGCCCUCGUUGAAAUGAUGACGUGGCAGGGGCUGGGCGACCUGAUCAACCGCUUCCGGACCAACGUGCUCGAUCUGGAACCGCUCUCGCUGCUCUGGGCACCGGGGCUCCUCAACCGGCUGCGUGUGCCCGUCACGUACUGCUGGUCGCCCGCCCUGACCCCGAAGCCGGCCGACUGGGCGCCCGAGAUCACCGUGUCCGGCUUCUUCUUCCUCAACCUCGAGUCCAGCUACACGCCGGAGCGGGAGCUCGCCGCCUUCCUCGCCGCCGGCCCGCCGCCGGUCUACAUCGGGUUCGGGUCCAUCGUGGUCGACGACCCGCACGCGCUCACCCGGACCGUCUUUGGCGCCGUCGUCAAGGCCGGCGUGCGGGCCAUCGUGUCCCAGGGCUGGGGCGGCAUCGGCGGCGACCCGGAAGGCAUUCCCGAGGGCGUGCUCAUGCUCGGCAACUGCCCGCACGACUGGCUCUUCAAGCGCGUGUCCGCUGUUGUCCACCACGGCGGCGCCGGCACCACCGCCGCGGGCAUCCUGGCCGGGCGCCCGACCGUCGUGGUGCCCUUCUUCGGCGACCAGAUCUUCUGGGGCUCGAUGGUGGCCCGGGCGGGCGUCGGCCCCGCGCCGAUCCCCUACAAGAGGCUGACCGCCGAGGGCCUGGCCCGGGCGAUCGAGCACGCCCUGCUUCCCGAGACGCUGGCGCGCGCGCGCGAGCUGGGCGACAAGAUCAAGGCCGAGAAGGGCGCCGACGUGGGCGGUAAGAGCUUCCACCAGUUCCUGAAUACCGACGCCAUGAGGUGCUCGCUGGCGCCGAGCCGCGUGGCAGUCUGGAGAGUGAGGCGGUCCAAAGUCCGGCUGAGCGCGCUGGCCGCCGCCGUGCUGGUCAAGCAGGGCUGGCUGAAGUACUCGGACCUCAAACUGUAUCGCUCAAUGGAGUACAACACCGACGAGCAGCCCUGGGACCCCAUUUCCGCCGUCGUAUCCGCCGUCGUCGGCGACCUUGGCGAGCUGACCAUGGCGUUGGCCGACUUCCCUCGAGAAGUCUUCAAGGCCAAGGCGAGGAAGGACGGCGCCAGGAAACCCGAAGACGUGGCCGCCUCGACGGCGUCAGACGUGACUUCUGAAGCUGCUGGUUCAUCCUCUCAUCAACACGCGGCUUCCCACUCCGAGACAGCCAGCACCUCAUCAUCAGCGGCUCCAGCAUCCGCCGGCGCUUCCGUUGAGACCUUAUUAUCUCUACAGCCCUCCACCACCUCAUCCCAGCCGCCCAUCAACCUCUCCUCGGACCCGCCCCUCCCUCUUUCCACCCCGCCAGCUCUCCCACCCCGCUCACCCGCAUCAUCACCGCCACCGCCGCCGCCGCCGCCGCCCCACACGAACCCGGAGCAAACCGCAACACCAACCAAGCCGGCCUCGCUCGACCUUGCCCUCGCGGCCGGCCGCAGCGUCGGCGCGCUGGCCGCCUCGGCAUUCAAGAUGCAGGCCGACGUCUGCCUGGGCCUGGCGCGCGGCUUCCGCAACGCGCCCAAGCUGUACCACGACGAGACGGUGCGCGCGCCCGAGAAGGUGACGGGGCUGGCCAGCGGCGUGCGCGUGGCCGGCCGCGAGUUCGGGCUCGGCCUGUACGACGGCAUCUCCGGGCUGGUCACGCAGCCGCUGCGCGGCGCGGGCAAGGAGGGCGGCAGGGGGCUGGUCAAGGGCGUCGGCAAGGGCAUUGGCGGGUUUAUCUUGAAGAAUGCGGGUGCCGUCUACGCCCUGCCCGCGUAUACCAUGCUCGGUGUCCGGGCGGAGGUGAGGAAGUUGUUUGCCCGGAGCUCGGUGAAUUACGUCAUCACCUCGCGGGUGCUGCAGGGGGAGGAGGACUUCGAGGCGGCGACGGAGGGGGAGAGGAGGGAUGUGCUGGGCAGGUGGCUUGCGGUGGCCGGGGAGCUGAAGGGGUUUUAUGCGCUGAAGCAGAGGGAGGGGGAAAACGCCACGGCGGCGGCGGGAGAGACUGCACAUGGGCCCCCCAUUACGGCCAGUUCGGCGUCGAGCAGCUCUGGCCUCGCGCUCGACAGCGACGAGUCGCUCGAGCGCGCCAUCCAGCAGUCCGUCGCACAGACGUCGCGCGGGGACAGGGAGGAGGACGCCAGGGUCGAGGCGGCGGUGCGGGCCAGCCUGAUGGAGAUGCGCCGGGUCGCGGAGCAGCAGCAGCAGCACCAACAACAACAAAGUUCACACGCAGGCCAAAAUGCAAACAGCUGGAUUGUGGACCUGAAGGCCCCCCUUGCCGGUGGCGCUUAUGGGGUGGCCGGGCAGGAGCCGCUGACGGAUGAGGAGUGGACGAAUAUCUCAGACGAAGAGUACCAGGCGCUCGUCGAGGAGGCCGUACGGCAGAGCCUGCUGCAGCAGCAGCUGGAGGAGCGGGAACGGAUGCUGCGGCGGCAGUGGGCGGGUGAGGGCGAAAAGGCCGAUGGGGCGGGACUGUCUGGGGACUUGCCGCCUGCUGGCAUCAACGAGGUGGCUCGGGGAGACGGAGGGGAGCACCAGGACGAGGACGAGGACGAGCAGCUGCGGCGCGCUCUAGCAGAGUCGGAACGCGAGCAUCGCAUCCGGGCUGAGGAUAUGGCGCGGCAGCGGACCGAGGAGGACAUCGUGCUCGAGUACGUCAAGCGGCAGAGCCUGGCCGAGGAGGAGUAUCGGCAGGCGAGGGAGGCGGCGAAGGGGAACGCGGUUUCUCAGCAGCGGCCGGCUGGGGAAGACGAUGAGGACGAGGAUUUGCGGAAGGCGUUAGAGGAGAGUUUACGGAUGUGGAAUAGGGGUGCUGGGGGGCGCGGUGCACAUGAUGCUGGGCCGUCGAGGUAGGCUAGGGAGGAGUGGCAGUGGGAGUAACAUUCUGGGGAGCGGUGAAAGGCAUUGAACUCCAGUUCCAAGGACCGCGUGACCCCGUGUGUUCCUCACAACGCACGAUGGACCCUUGAUGUCUAAGUCCGCAGACUCGGGCCUAAGCGGACAUAACGGCUAUGCAGUUCCAUAUCGGUUCACUGCCCUGCAAAUGCCGCUCGCUGGUUGGUCAGCGUCGGCGGAAUCCAGGUACUGAAUGUUAUGAAUCGACCCGACGGAUCCUGCGGGCGGGAUCACUUACGGGGCCCGACGGGUCCUGCGGGCGUCCUCACCUCACCACAUCUCACAGCUUCGAACUCGGCUCGUCAACAACUGUUGCGGGGG